AUGUUUGGCACAUAUCCCGCCUUGGCAAAUCUGCCGACUGCUGUGAAGGUCAACCCUAGAGAUGUUCCACCUCCAACGCCAGUGAAACUACCCAACACCCUCCUUCAAUCACAGGGAGCCUCGGAGCCAGCGGGUGAAACGAAGCCAUUGACCGCUGUCUUGCAAAAUAUCUACCGCCCGGGAGAUGUUACCUCCGCCAUUUUUGAUGCACUCGGCAUCCAAAUCAUUCCGGAUGCCACUUCCGCAGACCUCAUCCCCGACCCUGCUUACCUCCCUGACUUUGACGCUUGGGAUAAGCUUACUCCAGAUGAGGCACGUGAGAAGAAUACGGACACACGUAGAACGCUGAACAAUGGCGCUCAGUCGCCGGGCUGUCAAACCUACCUUGAUCGUAAGCGUGAGCUGUCUCAUGCAAAUGAGGAUGCCUUUCGGACGGUGAGACGUAUUCCUGCGCCUAAGGGCCAACAGCAGGCACGCCUAGGCAACUCGUAUGAGUUCUUCCGGUGUCUUGAGGCCUUCACAACGUACUGGGACGACACUUCCAAGCCUCACAAAUCUUCCGACGAGAACACAGGAGAAGACCAGGUUGUUGAUGCAGCUAAAUCCGAGCGAGACAACCCACAAACCCCUGAACCUCUCCGUGUUAUUCGCACAUCGGCCGGCUCAUCAAUGCCUGGAGAGUACCGCCAAAGCCUCCUUACGGCCUUUCUUAAGCUGGUGGCCUACGACUUCGGUUGUAAUGUUUCAGCUCCCCGAACCGAACCUCGUCUGCACGUUACGUCUUCUCUUUCCACUUCUCUACCCAACAAGCGCCAGAAAGGAAAUCUUCCCCCAAGGACAUCAUACUUCGCUUCGGGCUGCACCUUUAUCUUCCGCACCCCUAGGACUCGUGACGCUGCCCGGCAAGGCAUUAUUGAAGGGCCCCUGGCGGCUGUAUCGGCUCGUGCAUCCACGGCCUUCGACAACGACACCGACGAAACUAUCGACUUGGCCCGCGAACUAGUUGCCGCCUUGGUCACUGCUCAGCAUCGUGCUCGUGAGGGCAAGACUGAGAAGCGCUUUGGUGAAGGCCAGUGGUGGACAUCCAAGCCUCGUUGGGGAGGUGGCUCCGGAGGUCCCAUUGGCCGCGAAGUCGAAAGGGAUGCUAUUCAGGGCGACAAAGAUAACGCAGAUUCCGAGACCGGCCAGCCUGCAAGCAAGCGUCCGCGCAAGAACAUGUCGAUCUAUGAUAACUACCGCAUGGUCCGUCCGCCGUCCGCCAGCUGGGAUCGUAAGACCCGCUAUGAGGCCAUUGGCAAGGUCAAGGGAACGGGCUACGAUGACAUUUUCGUCAUUAGUUCUUUGUUUCACCAUAUCAGCAUUUUGCGGGUUCGGGUUCCAGAACGACUGUUAGAGAUCCUCGAAGGUGCGAAUGAAGACAAUGUCCAUCGUAGCUGGACCAAGGUUGAGGUGCGCCGUACCCCCUGGUUCGACUUUUUUGUUCUUGAGGACAGAAUAAAUGCUAUGAGGUUGGUCUGGUCCUUGAUGAACUGGCUUAUGAGAAAGUUGGAGGAAAAGAAAGAGGAGGAUGUCAAAAUGAUGGACGCAUGA